AUGACCUCAAUACUAUCACUAUUCUCCUCAUGUUUGCCGUGCUUUCCAUUUGUAUCAGGAUCGUACAUAAAGAUAAAUGGAGUCACAUAUAGCAUUAUUCGACUAUUAGGAGAAGGAGGAUUUUCAUACGUUUACUUAGUAAAUCAAAUAAAUUCAUCAUCGUCGGGUCAACCAUCACCAUAUGCAUUAAAACAGAUCAAUUGCUUGUUUGGUACUGAGGAUGAAAGUUUUCGAAAUGCAACCAGGGAAAUUAAAAAUUAUCAUAGGUUCCUAAAUUAUAAGACUCCGUAUAUUAUUCAAUCGAUCGAGGAACAAAUAAUUAGUAAUCCUGAUGGGUCAAUUCGUAUUAAUAUUUUGCUUCCUUACUUUACUACUUCGCUACAAGAAAUUAUUAAUGAAAACGUUUUGAAUAAUACCAAGUUGGAUGAGAAAGAUAUUUUGAAAUAUUUUAUUGGGAUUUGUAGGGGAUUGAAAAUAAUGCAUAAUUACAAACAAACCACCAGAAAUGUAGGAAAUCUAGAUAAUGAUGAGGAUCUAGAUGAUGAUAUAGAGGAACAAGAUACAUUACUAAAUCCACCAGAUGAUGAAUUUGACGUUGAGUCGAAUGCAAAUACUGCGGGAGGCGCAAGAUCAAACACUGAAUUACAAGAACUAAUUCCAUUUGCUCAUCAUGAUUUAAAGCCUGCGAAUGUGAUGUUAUCAGCAGAGGGUUUACCUGUAUUGGUAGAUUUAGGCUCGUGUUCAAAAGCAAGAUACAAUAUUCGUACAAGACAACAAGCAUUGUCUCUUACAGAUUUUGCACAAGAACAUUGUACAUUACCUUAUAGAGCUCCUGAGUUAUUGGAUGUUGAAACUGGUUCUCAAAUAACAGAAGCAACUGACAUUUGGUCUUUGGGCUGUUUGUUAUAUUGUUGUUGUUUUGGAUAUUCUCCGUUUGAAAAAUUAGAAAUUGAUCAAGGCGCUAAUUUGAACUUAGCUAUUGCUCAAGGCAAAUAUCAAAUACCUGAAGAUCAAAAUGGUUAUAGUGAUGAGCUUGUGGGGCUUAUAAGGAAGAGUUUACAAGUUAAAGCUAAGAAUCGACCUAAAGUUGAAGAGCUUUUGGAAGAAGCUUUGAAGAUUGGUAAUUGA